GACGCACAAAAUGCAUCCUCAAAAACUGCACUUCACUUGGCUGCAAAGAAAGGUCAUAAGGAAGUAGUAGGUCUGCUGAUCAACCGGCAGUGUACUAUCGAUGCAAAAGAUCAGUAUUCAAAUACUCCACUUCAUGGGGGUGCAAUGAAUGGACAUUGUGAUAUAGUAGAGCUGCUAAUCAACCAUGGCGCGGCUGUUGACGGACAAAAUGAAAUCUUAAGAACUGCACUUCACCUGGCUGCAGAGAAAGGUCAUAAAGAAGUAGUAGACUUGUUGCUCAAUCAUGGCGCG